AUGAAGAAGCCAUUAUUCUUGCGUAUUGUCGACCGUCUUACUGCAGAAGAUCCUUACUUCCGACAAAGAAGAGAUGCCACAGGAAGGCUUGGCCUUUCUCCGAUCCAAAAAUGUACUGCAGCAAUUAGGCUACUAGCAUAUGGUGGCGGGUGUGAUACGGUGGACGAAUAUGUCCGACUUGGUGAAACAACUGCUCAAAAAUGUUUGCAACAUUUUGUUAGUGGAGUUGUCAAUUUCUUUGGCGAUGAAUAUCUAAGAAGACCCACACCAGAGGAUCUUCAGAGAUUACUAUAUGUUGCAGAAGAACGUGGAUUUCCCGGGAUGGUUGGAAGCAUCGACUGUAUGCAUUGGGUUUGGAAGAAUUGCCCAACAGCUUGGAAAGGCAUGUAUACACGAGGAUCCGGCAAACCAACAAUUGUUUUAGAGGCGGUCGCGUCAUAUGAUCUUUGGAUAUGGCACGCCUUUUUUGGAUCUCCAGGUACUUUUAACGAUAUAAAUGUUCUUGAUCGAUCUCCCGUCUUUGAUGAUAUACUUUAUGGUCAAGCUCCACAAGUUACCUACAACGUUAACGGUAGAUAG